AUGACUUGUUUGCCUGAGAAGAUGCCUCUUCAGAUGAUAUCGACCAUUAACAAUUCUUCACUGAUCCAGCCAGGAUUUUCACUGCUGAACUUUGAUGGCCGUGUUUUCUUGUUUGGACAGAAAGGCUGGCCAAAGAGGUCCUGUCCAACUGGAGUUUUCCUUCUUGAUUUCAAAAAGGAAGAGCUCAAACUGAAGCCGACAUACUUCUCUAAGGAUUCUUGCUACCUUCCCCCUCUGCGGUACCCUGCCAUCUGCACUCCCAAAGGCAGUAUGGCCCAGUCUGAGAAGUGUCAAUACUUCAUUCAUGGAGGGAAAACACCCAACAAUGAACUUUCUGAUAAGCUGUACAUCAUGAGCCUAAUCAGCAAGAAUAACAAGAAAUUCACAUUUAGGUGUACUGAGAAAGAAUUAGCUGGGGAGAUCCCGGAAGCCAGAUAUGGCCAUACCAUUAAUGUGGUUCAUAGUCAAGGUAAAAGUAUAAUUGUUAUAGUUGGGGGGAGAUCAUACAAGGCCCUCGGAGAGAGGACAACUGAAAACUGGAACAGUGUGGUUGACUGUAUGCCAUAUAUAUUUCUGGUUGACCCUGAAUUUGGAUGUUGUACCGCACAUGCCUUCCAAGAGCUUAUGGGGGGAUUCUCUUUUCAUCUCUCCCUUGCUAGAAAUGACACCAUCUAUAUCAUAGGAGGCCAUUCCAUUGAAAGUAAUACGAGACCCCCAAAUCUCUAUAGAAUAAAAGUUGACCUUCCCUUGGGAAGCCCAGCUGUAAACUGUAGUGUUUUGUCUGGGGGGAUCUCAGUAUCAAGUGCCAUCAUGACCCAGACUGGAGACCAGGAAUUUGUCAUUGUUGGAGGCUACCAUUCUGAUAACCAGAAGAGAAUGGUUUGUAAUACAAUCAACCUAGAGGAUAACAAGAUAGAUAUAGUGGAAAGAGAGGCACCAGAAUGGACCCCAGAUAUCAAACACUGCAAGAUAUGGUUUGGGAGCGAUAUGGGAAAUGGAGCCAUACUGUUUGGUAUACCUGGAGACAACAGGCAGCUAAUUUCAGAUGCUAACUACUUUUACUUGUUGAGAUGCAGAGAAGAAAGUGAUCAGGACCCAGAACAGAUGGCACAAGUGUGCAGUCAGAGUUCUACAGAAGAUGCAGGAGAGUCUACGCCUUUUGAAGAUUCAGAGGAGUUCACUUUCAGCUUUGACAUUGACACCUAUAAUGAAGAUGAUGAAGAAGAUGAGUCAGAAACAGGCUAUUGGAUCACCUGCUCUUCAGGCUGCGAUAUUGAUAUCAACACCUGGGUGCCCUUGUACUCAACAGAGCUCAACAAGCCAGCAAUGAUCUUCUGUUCAAAUGGAGAUGGUCACUGGGUCCACGCUCAGUGCAUGGACUUAUCUGAAGACAUGCUUAUUCACCUUUCACAGGUAAACACCAAGUACUUCUGCCCUGAGCAUACCAGUUUGGCCAGGGGACUGCAAACUCCCAAGGAGACUCCUCCAGUGGAAAAGCCACCCAUGAAAGCACUGCACAGGAAAAAACCCACGACAAUAUUCACUCCUGCAAAAAAGUCCUUUAUCCGGAAGCUAUUUCAAUAGUCUAACAGUAAUGAAUGGCAUUUUCGUAUGAAAAACUCUGAGAUCCCAAUUUAGUGACCAGUAACAAAUCAAAAUAGUUUUAAGAUUUCAUAGUGAUGCUUUGGUUUUAACUUUUUUUGUUUUGUUUGUAGUUAUUUGGAUUUAUUUCAGUUUAAUAUGAUGAUCACAGUACUUGGGACUUUAUAGCAGGCAUCCCCAAACUUCGGCCCUCCAGAUGUUUUGGACUACAAUUCCCAUUAUCCAUGACCACUGGUCCUGUUAGCUAGGGAUCAUGGGAGUUGUAGGCCAAAACAUCUGGAGGGCCGCAGUUUGGGGAUACCUGCUUUAUAGUAUAAAAGAAUCCACAAUUCCCUGUAUAGUUCCAUAUUUGAGACAAAUAUUCUUCUUGGCUUGGCUUCUUGGCUUCUUAUUCUGUGGAUAAAAUGUUUUAGAGAUGGUGGGCUAAGUGUUUUUCUUGGCUUUUACCAAGGGUGAAGGUUGUGAUUGUUUUUAGCUGUCAGCGUGCUCCCAGCUGGUUGCCCAGGAAAGUAUCAACACAAAGGAAAAGUCUCUUUUCCUUUGUAUUGAUACUUUUUUGUAGUGAUAAAAAAGUAUUGAUACUUUUUUAUUUCAAACUUUACAGAGAAAAGCUAUAGAACCCAGCCUCUUGGAU